CUCCCUUAGCUAAGAACUUAAUUCAGACAUUAAUGCAAACCCAUCACUGUAUUCACGUCGGUAGCCCUCACACUUUGCUGGCUUUUUGCUCGCGCCGUGUUUGCACACGCCGUCUCACCGUUGCUAUGGCUACUCCAGACAAGAUCUUCUUCGCUACUGGGAAUAAGAAGAAGCUUGAAGAGGUAACCGCCAUCCUAGCCUCAGGAGCCGCGCUGCCUUUUCAAGUCGAGGCAGCCAAGCUGGACUUGCCUGAACUACAGGGGGAGCCGGAGGAGAUCUCCAAGGAAAAGUGCCGUAUCGCCGCCCGGUUGGUGGGCGGUGCGGUGAUGGUUGAGGACACCUCCCUCUGCUUCAAUGCGCUCGGGGGACUGCCUGGGCCGUACAUCAAGUGGUUCCUCGAGAAGCUGGGACACGACGGAUUGAACCGGAUGCUUGCCGGCUUUGAGGACAAGACCGCAUAUGCGCAGUGCAUCUUCGCCUACACGCCAGGUCCCGACCAGGAACCCCUUGUGUUCGUGGGUCGCACUCCCGGACGCAUCGUGGCGGCUCGGGGGCCCGCGGACUUUGGCUGGGACCCCGUGUUCGAGCCGGAAGGUUUCAGCGAGACGUAUGCGGAGAUGGACAAGGAGGCCAAGAACAAGAUCUCACACAGAUACCGCUCGCUGGACAAGCUCAGGUCGUACUUACUUGAGAACUCCGCUAAGCAGCAGUGAAUGGCGAGUUGCGAGCGAACGCGGCAGUGGAUGGAGGAGAUAACAAUGACGUCGUGUUAGGUGGAGCUUGCUUGGGCCCAAGUGCACCAAGACACACAAGGACGUUAUGUUAUGAAAACGUCCUUAAUGGAGCAACGUGUGUUCGCAUUAUAUGCUAUACCUUCAGUCCCGAUUAUGGGUUUCGGAGGUAAUGCUGGUAUGCGGCCAUUCCCUGGCGUGAUCGGUGGAACGAGCGCGACGGUGUGCGGGGUGCACAAGCAGUGUACGAGCAGAGUGCAAGCCGUGAGGGCUUAUUAAGGUUGUUCAUGGGACGAGAAGGGAAGAAAGUCCAUAAGGGUUAUGGCACAGGCCGGGGAAAAUCACAGGCCGGGGAAAACCAGGGCUGCCGCCCCAUGACAAGCGGAACCACCACCUCAUGUUUUGUAACUUGCUUGCUUACG